AUGGCGAAGUAUCUUGGAAUCUCAAGACUUGGUGCGAAAAGGUACACAUUGGUUGGUGGGAAAUGGAUGCAAUAUCCCUGUGAGCUCAAUUGGGAUGUGGACUUACUGCAUGAUAUCUUUGAUGAGAGAAAUUGGUGGUUGAUCACCAAAAUUUCUCUCAAUUUGGUUUCGGCUGAGGAUCACUACAUUCGGUCAGAAGAUGGUUUAAGCACUUAUACUGUCAAGAGUGCUUAUGCACUUUUGCAAAGCUUGAAGGGACAAUGGUAUGAGGGAGCAGAUUCAAAAUUCUGGCAGAGGUUAUGGAGCUUGAAGGAAGAAGAUGAAACCAUUUUGCACAUAUUGGUUAGUUGUCCUGUUACUAGAAAAUGCUGGGAAAGGGUGGGGAUAGGCACGGCUACACUAGCAGGGAGCUCUUUUUUUGAUUGGUGCACGACAGUUUUUAAUUUGGCUGCUGUUGAUCUGUGUUGCAAAGCUGCAACAAUUUGUUGGGCCAUAUGGGGUGCAAGAAAUGAGUUAGUUUGGAAAGGGAAAGGGAUAAAUCCUGAAGAUAUUGUUGCAUUUGCAAACUGCUAUCUUGAUCAAUGGAGGUGUGCUCAAAGUUCCGAGAUGGAAUCGUUAUGGUCUUUGCUACAGACUAGAAACGUUGUUGAGUGCUGGACUGCUCCUUGGGGAAAUAGUAUCAAGAUUAAUGUGGAUACAACUUUAUUUAACAAUGGUGAUAGUUAUGGCAUAGGUCUCGUUGUUCGUAAUGGGUCGGAACUACUCAUUGAAAGACACAUUAAACUGUUCUUUGGUUAA